AUGGACGAACGAGUCUGCUCUGAAGCAUCUCUAUCUUGGGGCAAUGAGGGCUCAUCUAUCCAGGACCUGGAGAGAGGCUUUUUCCAGGACCACAGCCUUUCUGUCUCUGCUACAUCUCUGGAGCUGCAGGAGGGCUAUCCAGCUGUACACAUCUCCCACUCAGGAAUCGUGGUGGAGUACACAGAGAUGGGCUCCUCCACCCUAGCCUCGUCCAGUCAUCCAGCCAGCCUCCUGUCCACCUCCCUGGCCUUCCACACCCAAUCCCCCCCAACUCAGCUCCACACACCGAACCCUGGGCUUACUGUUCUUGUGAACAGUAAGUCCUCUACACCCUGUGAGACGAAGCACCUAAAAGAGCCCACUAUGGCAAGGUUGCUGGAGCUGUCCUGUGUGGACCUGACAACCUCACAGCCCGCCUGGGAGGUCUCCCUCAUCCGCCAUGCUGCUGACAGCUCCCUGUGCAAACUGAAUUCCAGCCUGCUAGAGGACUCCACCUGGAGCCCCAAGGGCCAGUCUGCAUUCUCUUCCUUGGCUGAGCUCUCCUCCCUGAUCUGGUCUGGUACACCCCCGCAAGCCAACGUUAGCAGUGGGCAUCCAAGGCCCUGGAAGGAGACCGUUCUCUUGGGGUCGAGCCAGACACCCUCUCUCAUUGUAUCAGAAGAACACUGGCAAAGACAUACGUCCAUCCUCUCACCCAGCUCUGAAAAUAAAGACCUGAGCAACUGAUGCUGAAUCACAGGGCUGAUGCUGCACACAGGGAAGUUCACCUCACCACUCCCUACCCCCAUUCCACUGUGUUGACGGCAACCAGUCUGUGCCACCUUUACAAAAUGAGUAUUGAAAUGACAGGAGUACAACUGCAAAUGUAAAGGUAAAAUUGGAAUCAUCAUUGCUUGAAUCUGUGAGGCCACCUUAAACUGUUCAGUCACCCCUCAUUUUCCCAUCAAAAUAUUUUAUUGUACAUAUUUGGCUGAUUUGGAUCAGUUGUGGCCAGUGACUGACUUGUCUCAGCUGU